AUGACUGUUUCUCCAAUUCCGAACUACAAAUCAGAUUUUGAUACCUUGCCCGGGAAUAGGUACUUCACCUGCAAUAAUUAUGAGUUAGAACUGGAUUAUACUCUGGGUGAAACUGUGCAAGACGAUGGGAUGCACUUUCGUCAGUCAUGGGCUUUCGGUGUUCAAGAAGAAGUGGAGCGCCUAAGGAGGGAGGUGGAUGAUAUGGCUGAAGAGAUUGCUAAGAUUAAGAGACGCUUAAUACCUCGACCUCCAGUACAUGAGUCAAGAGAUUCUCUAUUCACAAGUUCUGAAUAUAUAUAUGCUUAA